UCGGCGGCAAGAGGCGUGUCAUCGGCGAUAAGAGAAUGCAUGGAUCGAGUGGAGUUGCCAAAGGGGAGGUGGUGAAGGCGGGGGUGUGGGGUGUGCCCCAGGGGGAGGAGGUUGGUGUGGGCGGUGCCAGUGCCGUGUGCUGGGCGGGGUGAGGCGGCCCUGCCCGUGCGACGUCCCCCGCCUCACUGAGCGCAGUGCUUCCCACUUCUGCCAAGGCGGCGUCCCCUCCUGCCAGCGUCCCUCGUCUAGCUCUAACUCGCCGCGCUGCUCACAGAUGUCGCGGGCGGCGCGCCAGGCUCGCUGCUGCGCAUCCCCGGCCCUCAUGCUCUUAUUUACGGUUUGUUUAUAGUCGUGCAUCGUCACAUGGGCGCUCGGUGGGGCCAGGCGCGCUCCGACUGCUCGUAAUUUAUCCGGACGGAGACGGUGGUCGGAGGCUCGGAGUGGGGUGCAAGCUCGCGCAGGGUCCGCGGGUCGGACCACCUCGUUGCGCCCGCUGCCACUCAUUAUCUUGUUAACCUCCACUCAUGCGGCCAUUCCUAUUGGUUGCUGUCGGUCACGUGCUAGUAUUCCCAGCCCAUAAAUGGAGUAAUGUGCAAGUGCUAGAGAGGUUUUCCUUCGAGUAGUGUCGCCAUAAUUCAUCAACAUUGGGGGAACAGUGGACAGAAGGGCACUAGAGGAGCAAAUCACCUGCGGACUUCCGCGAUGAGCUCCUAUCAGUUCGUUAACUCGAUGUCCGCCUGCUACGGGCAGCGCGGACAGGACGCUAGUGUUGUGAACACAGACUACUAUGGUACUUCUCUCAACAGUUACAACAAUUGCUACUCGCCCCCACUGCAGUAUGGAGGAUACACACCGUCGGGAAUUUCAAUCGUCCCAAAUGGAAGCGAAUUUUCGGGCGGUGGUAGCAGUGGCGCCUCGGGAACUUCAGCGUCGGCAGCGUCGGCAUCGUCAGUGGGCACCCCGAGUGGUUCCGGCGGUAACACCACCCCUGGACCCUCCGUGCAGGGCCGUCUACACCAGACAUCCUCCUCACCUGCCUCCACGCCGCAGGCAUCCACCUCCUCCGCCUCCUGCAAGUUCGCCUCAACGCCCGAAUCCUCAGCCAACCCAGUAGGCUCCCCGCAAGACCUGUCCGUAUCUGCUGGCGGCAGUGGGCCGGGCUCGAGUAGCUCAGGAAGUGGGUCUGAGCAGAACAGCUCUAGUCAGGGCGGUGGAGGAGGCACCAGCACAUCUGGAGGAGGCGGCGAAGGUGCAGAAGGGGGAGAAAGUCUGGAAGGAGCCUCUGGAAGCUCGGGGGGAUCGUCAACCACCAAGUCUCAGCCACAAAUCUACCCCUGGAUGAAGAGAGUUCACCUCGGCCAGAAUCAGAAGGACGCCAUGAAGGAUGGUACAGUAAACUCCAACGGGGAGACGAAGAGACAGAGGACCUCUUACACUAGGUACCAGACACUGGAACUGGAGAAAGAGUUCCACUUCAACCGGUACCUGACGCGGCGACGGAGGAUAGAGAUCGCCCAUGCCCUCUGCCUCACUGAGCGACAGAUCAAAAUCUGGUUCCAGAACCGGAGAAUGAAGUGGAAGAAGGAGCACAAAAUGGCGAGCAUGAACGCAGGCAUGGGUAUGCACCCGCAGGCGUACCAUCAGAUGCACCACCAGAUGAUGCACCCACACCACCUUCACCCUCACCUAGCUGACUUCGAAACGAAAGGCUACUACUAGGGAUCAGCCUGGUCGUGGUAACUCAUAUGCAGAUGACGUAGCCAGCGAGAGUGGAUGGCUGUGUUGAUCGGUAUGAGAUGCUGCGACUAGGGUGUAACGGAGGACCAACCCCCCCCCUGUCACUCACUGACCGAAUUUGGACUACGAGACAAGGAUUAUCUUUUCAAACACCAGACGACUUGAGGUGAAACUACAGGCUAAUGUUUGAAACCCUUCCCAAGGAGUAUCCACGAAGAGAGAGUUAAAAAGACGGUUAUGGAAAGAUAUUGCGAAAGAAAAUUAUUUUCCAGCUUCAAUCGCUAGAAGAUAUGAGGUUAAAAUACGUUUUGGUGUCAAAGAAGUGUGAGCAAGAAAAAGCAAAGACUACCAAGGAUUAGAUAUUAGAUAAUUCAAGUGGAAAGGAGGAUUCUUGCUAAUAACGACCAUUACGAUGAGUGAUGCGUAUGGAUUGUUGUGGUUAGUCUUGGCAUUGCUACGAGAGGAAACAACAGCAAGUUAAGAAAAACACCUAACAUGAAGAUCAAGUAACCCUUGCUGUGUUGAGUAGUGUUUGGAGCAGCGAGUAACAAGCUGGAAAGUAAAGACUUGUGGUGAAAAUAAUACCAUAUGAUUGAUGUAAGUUGCGCUGUGGAGGACAUGGACCUUAGAUCUGUCAUAAUGUUUUGUUAUGGUGAGUAAUAAUAAGGGAAAAAUCGAACUUCAUUCGCUGUGUUUAGCAUAUCUUUGCAAUGAACUUUUUUUUUCAGGUGUAAUGGAAAUCAGUGGUAUAGUUGUGAACAGUGGGAAGAAAUAUGCCUGUUUUACAAGCCCAUGAUUUUUCUUGGCGACACGCUAAGUAAGCCAGUGUGUGUUCAACGGCAAGAUGUGUUCAACAGCAGGAUGUGUUCAAUAGCAGGAUGUGUUCAUACGCAAGGUUAUCUGUAGAACAGAAUAACAAUAUGGUAAUAGGUGGUGGAAGUUACCUUGGGAAGUGGACCGUAAUGCAUGUAAGCGAACAACAUGGCCUCGUCUUGGGUAACCAGUUUUCCCGAAAAUCACCUCAAGGCUUCUUUCUCCGAUAGUCUUUAUAAUUAUAGCUCUUUGGUUGAAAUAAACGAUAAAAAAAAUAACCUUACUCUCACAAUAUAAAUUUUGUUAUUUUUUUAACAAACUCGGGAUGGAAUAGUUGUUUUCUUUAUACAAUCAGAUUGUGUAAAUAAAAUAAAAAUAUACUUGUGUAGGAUAUAAUGUGGAUCAGAGUUGCAGUCACCAUUAAGAUCGAGUUAUAUAGUCAGGAGAUGGUGCGUUUAAACACUUUGCCAAAGCUCAGUGCGGUCCCCUCAUUAGUUGUUAUGCUUUGUAAGUUAGGGUUUUCAGUUCUCUGUUUAUUGUUAAGAUUAAAAGGCUAUAUUUGUUUUUCUUUUUAUACCAAAAUGAUGGAUUUCCCGGUAAAUUGUUAUUUAAAAUGUAGAGGAAAGCAAGUUGAUCUUGUAUGCUGUUGGUUCACGGCAUACGAUUAUAUUUUCAGUAGGUCUCUCUUGGGACAUCAAUUGUAUGUGAUGCUAAAGUGUGUACGGGCAGUGUCUGCACCUUGUAAUAUGUAUCAUUAAUAUCUCCUCAAAGGUGAACAAAACUUCAUUGUUAAUAAUAUAGGUUGAUUUGUCCUCAUUAUUGAAAUGCAACAUUUUCUCUUGAAGGCAAACAGAGGAUAAUAUUUUAGAGUUCACAAUAGACAUGUUAUAUUUGGUUAUACCUGUUAAUGAUGCUGGAGAAAAUUGCUCCCACAACCGGGUCCCAGACCAGAUGUAUCUUAACACUGAAACAGAUUACAAUCAAAUAUUCCAAGAAUGUAACGAAUGUAGACACGUCACACACACUAUACACACAAUCAAACUCGCGAUUUGCUUAAAAAGUACAAGAUUAGAAGCAGUAUAAACACAAGAUUCUCUUCAAGAGCAUUCUAAAUACACACUAUUUGUUUUACACAUAAUUAAAAAAAACUGUUCAAAUCAACAUGAAAUUUUGUUUUCGUUUAUUAUCGUCUAACGAAGAAAUUAUAAAAUCUUUAUCCUUCAACGAUGGAUUCUAAAUGAAGAAAAAACACUUUGUAUCAAACCUUGUAUUGGUUGCAUCCAGAUGCAUUUCUCUGCGUUGCUUAAUUACCUGGAGUUGCAACAAACAGCUACUGACUCCUGUCACACAGAGAGUUGCCUCUUUUACACGGCGGCGCAUGUUUGAGCUGCUUGGCCAGGGUGAAUGAUGCGGAUAUAAUUGAGCCCCGUUCGUGCAAUGCUGUCCAUAUGGCUUUAUUAAAUGGUGUAAAAAGUUAUAGCAAUGAUACUGUAAUAAUCAUGGCGGUAGAUUUGUUGCAUAGCAGUAAGAAAAUCUUCCCCAUCCCUCUGCCUCCAUUACACUUCCCUUCCAUCCCAUUUGACCAUACUCUUUCCAUUUCUCUAUCCCAGAUCAUAACGCAAUAUUUUUUUCCUCUGUCAACCCGCGAAGCCACAUUCAUUACAUUCAGUCUCCCAUCCGUCUCUUUCCUCAUACUCUCUCGCUGUCCUUCGUCCCUUCCAUCUCCAAUAACUCUACCCUCUUUUCCCUUCCUUAAAAUACCCUAUUCCAGAAUUUUUGCGAGUUUCCAGCCUGCUGCCUCACGUACGGCUGGUGUCUUUCUGAAGCAAUUCAUAGAAAAUGCGAGAUUUUUACAACAUAGGAAGUGACUCUUUUAUUCCUGCUAUAAUUUCAAAACUGGUUCUAUAUGCGUGUCAGUACCGGAGAUCAUCAGAUUAUGAAUCACACACAAGACCAUUCAUGCUCUAGGCAAGUAUUGUAGUCGUAUGAGGGAUUUAUAUUCUGGAGCUCCUAUACUAUUACCCCUCGGAAUUCCUUUUGUUUUCGUAUUUUAUCAUUUAAAAUUUUAGGUCACGCUUGCACAUUAUAUAUUAUAUAUGUUUAUAUAUGUGUAUUAUGUGUGUAUAUAUUAU